GAGACACCUCGGUGGAGAUUCUGCUUUUAUCUCAAAGAGCUGGUUUCGAUCACGUUCUGAGCAAGCGCAAGAGCUGGCAUGCCAGUGGAUCUCAUUGUGGGGAGCUGCAGUCAUCUCCUCUUCUCCCUCUGCUUGUGCUCCUGAUCUCCUCUCCAGCUGGAGAGCCUCUGCCAGGGCUGCACAGCUGGGGGCCGUAACGCUGCUGAGGAACCAGGACCCCGCUGGUUUGUUGUGGGACCAGCCUGGCCAGCUGGGCGAAGGCAGGCAGGAUGGAGGAGGCUGACAGAUCGUGCCACAGACCUUGAAGAAGGGGCUGUGGAGCCCAGUGGGGGCUGGGAAAGAAACCCAAAGUCGUGACUCCAGCAGAGCCCUGCGUGUCUCCAAAAGCCCCACUCUGAGUUCAUCCAACCAGCAAGGCUGUGCAGCGUGAGAAUCGCUGUUGCAAAACUACCAGAUUCAACCUCCUGGGGAGCCUUUCUGGCCAAGAAUACUUUAUAACUGGGUGUGCCUGAAUGCAUCAGCCUUUGGAUGUGAGCGUCUUCUCUUGAAACAGCCUUGUGAUAUCCUAGCUGCCUGUUCUCUUGGGAGGUCCCUUGGAAGAGCCUGUCCGUACGUCUGUCUGGGUGCCUGACGGGGCUGCCUUGCUUCCAGAUCUGAACCAUGUCCCACCCAUCCUGGCUGCCACCCAAGAGUACCAACGAGCCUGUUGGUCAUGUUACUGCAAGGAUGGAGACCACACACACCUUUGGGACUCCCAGUAUCUCGGUGUCCACCCAGCAGACACCAAAGAAGUUUGCGCCUGUUGUUGCCCCCAAGCCAAAGUACAACCCAUACAAGCAACCGGGAGGUGAUGGGGACUUCCUUCCUCCACCCCCACCUCCUGUGGAUGACCUCGGGAACAUCACAUCAUCACAAGGUGCCUUUCCCCCCCCACCCCCUCUGGAUGAUGUUACUUUCAAUGUGCAGGUGAACCCUGGUGGCAAGACGCUUGAGGAGAGGCGGUCCAGUUUAGAUGCAGAAAUCGACUCUCUGACCAGCAUCCUGGCCGACCUAGAGAGCAGCUCUCCUUACAAACCUCGAUCUCAACAGGGCUCCGGGACCUCGAGCAGCUCCGCCGCCACCACCCCAUCCGUGUCCACCCCCGUAACCGGCCACAAGCGGAUGAUCAUCCCCAACCAGCCUCCCCUCACCGCCACCAAGAAGUCUACCGCUAAGGGCCCGGGGCAGCCGGCGCCCAUCCCGGUUACUCCCGUCGGCACCCUGAAGCCCUCAGAGCCCGCCUAUGGCUAUGCACCUCCUCAGGGCCGCUACCAGGACCCCUACUACGGGGGGUACGGGGGGAGGAACGGCUCUGAAGCGCCCUAUGUGCCACAGAGCACCUGGAAGGCCGAGCCAGCAUAUCCCGCCAGUAACACCGUGGGCCAGGCUCCUCCCGGGCUCUACCAGCCGCCCGGCACGAAGAAGACCUACAUCACUGACCCGGUGCUGGCCCCGCAGCCACCUGCGAUGCAGCAAAAGAGUGGGUAUCCAAGCUCUGGACCCACAUCAAGCACUCCUGCCUUCAGGCCUGAGGAUGAGCUGGAACAUCUGACCAAGAAAAUGCUGUAUGACAUGGAGAAUCCUCCCUCUGAUGACUACUUUGGCCGCUGUGCCCGCUGUGGGGAGAAUGUUGUUGGGGAAGGCACUGGCUGCACGGCCAUGGACCAGGUCUUCCAUGUGGAGUGCUUCACCUGCAUGAUGUGCAACAACAAGCUGAGGGGACAGCCUUUCUACGCAGUGGAGAAGAAAGCCUACUGUGAACCCUGCUAUAUUAACACGCUGGAGCAAUGCAGCGUUUGCGCAAAGCCCAUCAUGGAAAGGAUCCUCCGAGCCACCGGGAAGGCCUACCAUCCCCACUGCUUCACCUGCGUGAUGUGCCAUCGCAGCCUGGAUGGGAUCCCCUUCACCGUGGAUGCCGGUGGGAACAUCCACUGCAUCGAGGAUUUCCAUAAGAAAUUUGCACCAAGAUGUUCAGUGUGUAAGGAGCCCAUCAUGCCGGCCCCAGGACAAGAGGAGACUGUACGCAUUGUCGCCUUGGAUCGUGACUUCCAUGUCCAGUGCUACCGGUGUGAGGACUGUGGCGGCCUCCUGUCUGAAGGGGACAAUCAGGGCUGUUACCCUCUGGAUGGGCACAUCCUUUGCAAGACCUGCAACUCUGCUCGGAUCCAGGCUCUGACUGCCAAGGCCAGCACUGAUCUCUGAGUAUCAACUGUGACCCUCCCCAGGAUGCCCAUUGGGGGAUAUUGCACAAGCUUUGCAUGAUUUCUUUCCAGCCUAGGGUCUGAAUCUCUGUUUUUAAAAAAAAGUAAAACUGGAAGGCCUUGGAGCAAGAGGGCAGUUCGAGAGGCCAUGUUCAGACUGCCUGUGACAGGCACCUGAUUUAGAUAUGACUUUUCAAGAGGGUGGUGAGUGAGUCAGACCACCUGCUGUCUCUGCAGCUGAUGGAGAUAACUGGUCACAGCACCUAAGUUAUCUGCCUGUAGAAGGAGGUCUGAACAUGGUCCUAACUAUAUUUCUGUGUUUGAUUCCUGUCUCUUAAGAAGUACAUGAAGGUAGAAGGUGAAAGAUGGCUGAGCUAGUUUUCUCCCAUGUUAUUUUGAGAACCUGACCAGCUCUCAUUGAAGUCAUGGGGAGCUUCCCUUUGACUUUAAUAGGAUCUGGAUCACCAGCAGAAGUAGUUCCACUGCCCUAGAAGGUGUUGAGAGCAGACCCAGCACUCCUCUCAUAACACAAACAAUGCAACUUCAACUGUACUGCACCUAAGAGUGUAGGUGUGACCUUGUAUCCUUGGGACACAGAUUUGUUAUCUGUAUCUUUUUUCUUAGGCCCUUACUUGUCUCCAUUCCCUUCCAGUUCAAUAGGGUUUCUUCUUUUUCUUAUGAAAUUGUAUUUUGCUAUUGCAUAAACUUAUUCAGUAGUGAUGCUUCCAAUUCACAAUGUAUGAGCAAUCACAGAAAGACGUGAGCUUGCACACACUAUACACUACUCACACACACACUACACACACACACACACACAAUGUGCUUUUGAUUUACCAGAGGUAUAAGCCAAUCAUGUCCAUUGAAAAGGUCUUUUAAGGAUGUGGGGCUGGAAACACAUUUUUAAAAUCCCAGUGGUUAAAAAAAAAAAAAAAAAGACUACAUAGAACUGCAGUGCAAAGCAAUGCUCAAAAAAAUCUUAUGCCACUCUCUCACCCCAAUCUAGUGGGACCACUGGCAGUGUUGGUUUCUGGGUAGACAUUUAAGCAAUAGAGUCUUGUUCCAUCUCCUGUUUAUUGCAAUAGGAGGAUUUUCCUUCAACUGUAACAGGGAUUGAAUCAAGUCUUGGGAUAAACAUUUCUCUGGUGUUAACAUGCAUGAUCUGGAGUUCUCAUUAAAAAAAUUAAGGAUUUUAUUUCAACAACAGCAAAAAGGAUCCUCCUAAAUACAUGCUGUUGUUCAGUUUUUAUUUUAAGAAGGCUAAAGAAGGUAUUAAACCCUUCUCUAUGCCAUUCCAAAAAAGUAAGCAUUUUUUUUUCCUUUUUCAUUUUCAUCCCAGCCACUUAUAACUUCUUUUUGGUGAAAUGUUGUUGCUGAAGAGUGCUGGGCCAGCAGCAGCAUUUUCAUCUUCUGUCCAGAAUUAAUACCUAUGCCAAGGUAAAUAAAAGCUGGGCACAGAUGAUCUUUUUUUUUUCUCACGUUGGUGGGGGUUUUUUUUAGUUUGGUUAAUUAAAAAAAAAAAUUAGAAAUCCACAGCAUUCUGAGCAGCUAUAAUAUUCUUGUUCAUGAAACCCAUAAUAACUAAGGUGCAAAUUACAUAGUGAGGGAGUAAUUUUCAUAUCACUGAAUUGACAUUAAUAUCUUAUUUGCAGAUGUAAUCAAAGAAAAUACCUUUCUUUGCACUUAACAAAUUAAGAAGCAGAACUGAAACAGUUGCAGGCUGAUUGACCGUGUAAGUGACAAACUGGCACUUUUCAAGAGUAAGUUAUAAGAAUUUUUUUCAUGCACCCACUGAAAAACAAUAGAUGUGGUGCUUUCAUCUUUAUUCUCUAUAACAGAAGCCUGAUAUAAUUAUACCCACUAAUGCUAAAAAGAAAAGUUAGAUGAGCUAGAUCGAUAGGAAACAAAGACGAAAAAUUGAGAUACUCACUGCAGCUCCUGCAAAUGGUGCAUUUCCUUUCAGUUUAGCACUAACCUUUAUGGAAGAGCACAGUGAAAUUUAAUAGCUUUAGCUGUAUACAGUAAAUUCAAAUACAGAAAUACCAGUCUGAAACCCCGGUUCCUUACACAGUUUAUAUGUUGGCAAACUGCACUGGUGUCAGGGAAGAUUCCCAAAAUUCACAGCUCAGAAUGAAUCCUUCUGUGCAGAAGGGUGGCAUCAUUAAGCAAAAGAAAUCGUUCUCCACCAUAGUGGCUGUGCUGAAGCAGUUUGCCUUUUUAUACUAGAAUUCUACCGCGGCCUUCAAGAAUUUUACUGCCUCAGACGUAAACAGAUUUUUUUGCACCGUGAGUCCUGCCAGGUUCCAUCUGGGUUCCUGCUCCCUGAACUGUGGCACGUAAGGUACUUCUGAGCUCGCUUCUUUACGUGCAGUCUGCACCACCACCGGUCAAAAAAACCUCAUAACUAUUGAGCAAAUCCAGUUUUAACUAACCCUACAAAAACACGGGAGGUCAGAGCUGGUAUUGCUAACACCAUUGUAUCCUUGUGGAGGAUUUUACAUCUCUGCAAGCACAAGGAAGGACACGAUGCACUCAGAUGCAGAAUAAGCCAUUCAUCAGGCAGCAAACAUAGCUCUGAUCUUCCUUAUUCUUGUUAGUGUUAAAUCAAGUGGCUGAUGAGACUCUCCUGAGUAACACUGGGGUAAUUGAUGGAAACAAGCUAUUGUGCCUUCCUGCAGAAUGUGGCCUAGACUAAGGAGGACUGAAGUCCAGAGCUUUUGGGCUUUUUAUGGCCCUGCCAUAGGCUGGACUUGGAGCAAGUCAUAUGGCUUCUCGUCUUCUGCCUUCUGCACGAGAGGGCUUCUUUCCAACUUCCCAGGGAUGUUAUGGGAAUUAAACUAAUCACAGAUUGGCCCAAACUACUGAUUUUUGGAGUUCUGUCUUCUCUUUCCAGAAAAGUUUGCUGGUAUGUAGGUUUGGGAUUCCAGCCCACUUCAAAGCUAAGGGCCAGCCAGGAGAUCUAGAUCUGAAUCCUUUGUGUUAUUAGGGUGCUGUGGUGAGUUGGGCUGGCGUGCAGGGAGGUGAGAGCCAAACUUUUCAAGUAUUAAGUACUCCAUGGAUGGAAGAUGUUGACAAAGAUUGAGCAGUGUUGAUAUUUGAGGUACUGUGGCUAAUUUCUAGACCUGACAUAUCUGGGCAAAGGUACUAUCAUGCUUUUGUUUUCACCCCUGAAACACCAAAGCCAUCUGCCUGUUGGAAGGAGCGAGCGUCCAAAACACUCUUCUUUAUUUUCUCUGAUGUGUGUGGUUUUGGCUUCUAAAAUUGCUAUAAAUAUAUUCGGAAGAUAUUGCAUAGAUGUAUAUACAUCACAGAGGCUCUCAUCAACCGCAUGUGUAUGGAAAUCUCCCCUCUGAUGCUUCAGGAUUUAAUUAGGAAAUGCUGGUGGACUUAUCUCAAUUGCACUGCAGUUAAGAACCACUGGGAUAUUGCUUCAUCACAAUAUUUAUCAUAUAUUUAUAAUAUAUCCUGCUUUAUCUGUUCCAAAGAAGGAGUCUUUUUGCCAAAGAGACCUAGCUUUUCUUAAGGUGCACUUCCUAGCCAUGAUAAAAAUUCACGUCAUCUGUGGCUGUGGUAAUGUCAAAACUGUUCCUUUCAGAAAGAAUUGGGAAGAUCACACAGACAUUUCUGUUCAAGUCUGCAGAGUUUUUGCUUAUGCUGCUUUGGCUUUGUGUAGUGUUUAUUGGCAAGUAGGGCCUGAUCCCAUGAUUUGUAUGGCCAGAUGGGGCCCAGGAGGGUCCAGGAUCAGGUUCUAAUUUAGCAAAAUAUUUAAGCCCAUGGGGUUUGUUUAAGGACGGGCUUUAAAGCCAUUGCAUGGUGUGACAUAAGCGACAUAAGCCAUGGGUCUACCGUCAUUAAUACCAGACUGAUUCUGUAUCACCCAGUCAUACAGAUUUUGGUAGGAUGUGGGCACAGUCAAAUUUCUGUCAAAUUACCCAGAACACAUGAAAUGGCUCCUGUGUCACCCUUACGCCAACUGCAGGAGGGCACCCGGUGGCUGAUCCAACGUAACAUUUGGACAACAGGAGGAUGAGUUAUUACAAGAUCAGUGCUUUGUGUCGGGUGGCUGUGGCACUUUCCAUAUGUCACAAGUAGCCCUACAGCCAGAUUUACUGUAUCUUUGAACCACGGCUUUAAAACUGUCUACUUAAACUUUCUCCAGAAGAUUGGGUUGCCUUGGUUACAGCCCAAUCCUUAAGCAUAUCCCCAAGGCUAACACUAGUAUUUUGUGAAUGUGAUGGUUUUAUUGUCACUUCUUUUAAUCAUCGCCUGAAUGUUGCUUUUAGAAACAGAAAGCAACACCAUUGCCCUAGCCUAUCAGAUAAUGCACCUUUGUUUUUGUUUUUUUUAAUAUUUUAAUUCUUAGGUUUUUAUCAUGGCUGCAACACACUUGGGUAAUGACUUAAUCAUAGAGGUGUAGGAGUACCAAAGUGUUUAUCAUAAUGAACUCUACAUAAUAGGGUUCAUCCUGAUGGCAGGAGCGAGACCUUCAUGAGACACAGGCCUUAAGUUGACUUUCUGCCUAUCAGCAAAAUGUGCCUGAGAAGAAUGAGGAAAAAGUGUCUUUUAGAGAAAUGGUGGUUGUUGAAGAGAACAUGGAACAAGUCACACUGAAAUCUCUUUGGACCUGUUACGGCUGCUGUCUCGCCAUGGUCAGCCAAGCCUAGCUUAGGUUUGAUAAAUGCUGGUUCCUUUUGAUUUUGAGAAAGUUCAGCAGACAAGGGAUAACAGGACCCACGAGAAGGGCCUUGGGGGAAAUCCUGUGUCUUCGCCCUCCUUCAGCAUCAGAGAUAAAUGUUAGGCACCUGGUGCUUCAGCUGAAUGGCUCAGAAAGGAUUUGAGUUUAUAACUGUUUUCUAUUGACAUCUAGUUCCUGCAGCUGGUUCAUCAUGUUGAUUUACUAUUUAUUCACUGAGCUGGGUUGACUACACCUUAUAUAGACUUCGAUACUUUAAGUCAGGGCUAGCAGAGAGAGACGUGCUGAAGAAUCUCACUGUAGUGAAACUCCCACGAGAAAACACUAGUGGUGGUAAUUGAGGGUUUGUUGCCAACUGAUAGCAGGAACUACUUAGUACUAUCUAGAGGUUAGUAAAAUAUAAACUGGGAGAGCUGUGAGAACACUAUUUCCAGUUAGAGCUGGUCACAAUUUUCACACUAAAUUAUGUGAUGUCAGAAGGGCCAUUUUUUUAAUGAGAAAUUCUCACUUUUUGCAAUGUUAUCCACAACAGUUUCUUUUCUUGCUAUUAUAAUUAAAACCAUAUUGAAUUUUUAUCUAAAUAAAUUUCAGAAUUGUUAACAAAUAUUUUCAUUUUUCAAAAACCCAUGUUGUCUUUCUCAGUUUUUUGUAGGUCUUGGGUUUCUUCUGCUGGUAAAUUAGUUUCUUUGACGAUUUUGAAAAGUUCCUUGGAUAAAAAUUCUAUUUAAAAACAAACACAUGUGUUCUUGGGAAAUGGUUCAAUAUUGGACCUGGUGAAAUAAAAAAAGCUUUUUAACUUUUCACAAAAUAUUUUUUCCCUACUUUUAACUAGUUUUGCUAACUUUGAAGUCACUGUUUCCAGAAAAUCUAGAUAAUGUGACUCUUCUUAAAACAACAGUGUUACUUCUGUUGGGUUCAUUUUUCUUUCCCAUGUUAAAGCCAUGGAGUGGCUGGCUAUGGAGAAUGCCAGGGUCUUCUACUGUGGCAAUUGCAAUUUUCUUCUUUCCCACACCCCCCCCACCCCCUGAAAUUACUGAAGAAUGUAAGCACGUUAUGGCAACUGCCGUGAAGAUCAAGAGAUACUGAUCAAACUUCAUCUCCACGUAACCCUUCUGGCCUUGGGAAUGGCAUUUCUCCUUAAACAUUUCUAGAAAUACUACCUGGCUUCCUCAGCAUUUCAAGUUUGAAUCUGCAACAGUCAAUUGCCCGACUGGCAUUUGGAGCAUGAGUGAGAAUCGACUUUAAACUGUUGAAAUUAUAACAUUCACCCAGCACCUAAAAAUCUAAGGAAAAAACCUUAACCUCGGCAGGUUUCCUUGUGGACGUUGGGGAACAGCUCUCAUUUCAGCUUGGUAAUUCUCUGCUGUGAUCUGAAAAAAACUAAGCUCAAACAUUUGCAGACCUUUCUGGCAUAUGUACUCACCCGCACGCGUAAGGUGGUUGUGGGGCUACAACUAAGUAGAAAUACAGGUUGCAAUAUUGAGCAUUGCUACUUACACCCCACUGGGCUUUAUUCCUGGCUAUGUGUUCCCGGUCUCUUUGGCUUCACGUUGCAUGUGGAAGCAAUGGGAUUGAUCACUGGUAUCGAGAGCACGCAGUUCAAACUUUUUUAAUUUUGGUGUUUGUCCACAUUUCUCAUCAUACCUAGACCUUUUAGAAAAUGAAGAAGGAAACGGAAGCCCCAGGUGGCAGCAUUACCUUUACAUUUCCAGGGGUUAGAGUCCCUCACUGGGAACGUGACACUUGGGGUGUCUCUAUUUUUUGCCUCUGCCUGCCUUUGUCCGCAAGCAGCUCUCUUACCCGCUUUUUCCAUUUGCUCAACGUGCACUCAUCUUUGUAGUGAAGAUGGUAUGUUACUUACUUCACAGAGGCAUUGUCAGUCUUAGCUAGUAGUUGGAAAAACUUCCAGAUCUUUAAUCAAGUAGUUUUGUGCAUGCAUAGUAUCAGUGGCCUGCCACAUGGAUAUCAAAGGAAAUGAUUAUAAUUAUUGCUUUUAAAAUGAUUAUGAAAUUGUGCCUUACUUUUUCAGUCAUAUUUAACCAUGUAAUUUAGAACCACAUGAUUGCAGGGAUUUAUCAUGAAGAAAUUUGUUUGAAGGAUAGUUUGUUUGUUUUUAAAUAUUUUCUCUCCAAAAAUGAAUUUAUUAGUUUUUCCUUUUUUAUUUUUUCCUCCAGUUUUAUUCCUUUAAUAUGUUUGUGUAAAAGGGCAGCCAGAAUUUGCAUUCCUGAGAGACAGAAGAUUUUAUUUGGUCUUGUAUGUAGAGCUUUCAUUUUCUUUUAUGUUCCUUCAGGAAAAUUCUUCUCUGCCCGAUUACUCAUACUUAGAUGUCUUUAAAUGCAGGCUGACCAGUAAGGGUUUUUUGUUGUUGUUUAAUUUAGUGUGUGGUUUGCUUUGUGUUUUGUUUUUGUUUUUUUUAAUUAACCAGAUAUGGGGUACUGGGGAGGCAUUGCACAUUAAUGCAGAAUGUUAAUGCUAAUUUUCAUAGAAAAGACAAAAUUAGUCUUUCCCUGUCCCCAGUGCAGUUUUGUUACUGUUUUGUGUACAACACUAAUAUUAAGCCAGACUGUAAAGGCAAAAUACUCAGUGACCUACUUCCAUUCACCAGCAAGAACCCUUUGUCAGCUGACUCCUGUUUGUUUGUUCAUUUUUAAAUGUCGGAUUACAGAAUGAGCAUCUCCUAAAGAUGAAAGAAAACAGUGUUUUCAUGUGCAGGAAAUUUGGGGUUGCAGUAACAGAACAUUUUCUUUGUGAAUUUGGAUGUCAUGGUGUUUUAAGCUCUUGCCUGGAGCCUAAAUCAAUUUGGCCUCUCAUCCAGUUCAUCUCGCUGGUGCUCCUAAAAGGCUGCAGCCCUGCAAAAGCUCAUGCAGCAUUUUUGGCUGCCUUCCCUUGCUCCCAUUUGGUACAUAUUUGCACAAUUUAACUGAGCUUUUCUUUCUGCUGAAGGUCAGAUGCAAGCGAUACGAAACACUAAACUUUAUAAACAAGCAAAGCCAUUUCAACCACAGCAUUUUGGACUAGAAUGGAUUUUUAGGUGGCGCACUGUCUGCUGGCCUUUGGAGAGGGGAUCCUGAGACUACAUUGGGCUGGAACAGGAUGCAAAGCCACAAGCCUUGGUUUUUUUAAUGAACUACUUACUGUAAUCCAGCUACAGUUUCAGCCUCACACUUCAGAAGCAGCUUCCAGCAGCAAUGCACGUACAGGCACUUUUUCUCUUGCAGAAAGUGAAACUUUCUCAACCAGAGUAAAUUCAACCUAUUGCAUAAGAUGCUGGAAGAUUUUUCUUUUUUUUUUUCCUUGGGAUUCUCGCUCUAACCUCUAUGUGCAGAGGAUGAAUAGCUUUUCUUUUUCUCCUCUUUUUUUUUUUGACAAGAUUAGAUGUUGCAUAUUGAUGAGCUAGCAUUUCAAAGGUCCGUGGGGCUUUGGAACAUAUUAAGAAUCUCUGAAGUUUAAUAUUCACCAUGUUUUAAAUAUUCAGAAGGAAAAGUCUGCAUAAAAUGGCUUUUGAUAAAUACGUUCUAGGGAUUCUUUCUUGCUAUCUUACGCAAGCGUUGUGGGGAUUGUGGCUGUGCCAGUUUUGUUCCAAAGUGUCUUUUGUUUCAGCAUUUCAGGACCAUUUUGAUCCCAUUUGUAUGCCCAGUGCUUGUCCUGAAGUCUUUUAUGGUUUCUACUGGAACUGUACAGCAGGCAGGUGGAUGCGACCAAGGCAAAAGCGUAGCUAAGCAUCGUGACUCCUGAGUGUCUGCUUGAUUGCUCCCCUCCUUAUGACAGCUGGGCAUGUCCAGCCUCUCUGUGCCUGCUUUUUGUGAUGCAGGUUGGGGUUAGCUCAGUGGUCAGGCCUGGCGGAGAUCUUUCUGCAAAGGUGCUCCACACCAGUGGGCAUUUGAGAAUGGAGAGGGCAAGAUCCUGGGUGCAGGAGCAAAGCAAAGUGCCAUUCAGUGCAUCUCAGAUCUCAGAGGGCAGUUUCCCCUUCCUUGGAUGUCCCUCUUUGGUAAGAGUCUCAGCAGUAAGAGAAGUGCUUUUAGGAGAAAUCCUCCCUUGGGGAUGCCCUAUUUCCCAUGCUGUUGAAAAUCCGAUUGAAGCUUUAGAUGAGGAGGGUCAGUUAUGGGCUGCAAACACGCAGCUACUUACUGUAUUAUUAACUCUCUCGUUUGCCUUGCCCUUGAUGUCCCAUGGUACAUACCAUGGUGCGCAGGACAGCUUCUUUGGUCCUGCUCACACACAGCCUUGAUUUUGUUGUGCCAGUCCCUGUUGAAUCAGCGCCUGGUACUUGUUCUCAGGACUGCUCUGGCUUGGGCCAAGGGCGUCUUAUGCUCCUGUGCAAAAGGUGGUGCUUUCAGGUUUUGGCUUACAAAUACUGCAGCCCUUUCAAACUCACCUUUCCUCUCUCAUGUAUUCCUGACAGAAGUAGGAUUUUAAAUAUUUCAUAGCAUUCUUCUUUCUUCUUCCUUUUUGCCAGAUGCCUUGAAAACAUUGUCAGAUUACGAUCUGGUUGGGGGUUUUCAGGAUCAAUUUCCUUUCCUUCUUGAUUGCAUGGUGUAGGUUUGCAAUGAGGGUUUUUUCCUUUUUUUUUCCCCUUUCCUUUUUCCCCUCUUUUUUUCCCCUCUUUUUUUAGUCUUACAGAACAGAUGCCUUCAGUUUAUGCAGAGAAAGAUUGACUAUGAUUAGAGCUAAUCCAGGAUGGCAGGAUUGGACCCCCACAGUGAAAGCUAGAAAAGUGAUUGCAAAAGUAUUCUGUUUCUCCUGUAUUAAUUACACAGGAAGUUUCCAUCAAAGGCUCAUGUAGCACAACUGGCCUAUGUAAUAAGUAGCAGGGCCUGUAAUUACAGUCUUGUCUUCUGCUCCUAUCUGUGCCCUGACUUUCUAGGCACCGCAGUUCUAUUUACAUCUGUGUCUUUUAAAUUUUUGAUUGGUCGCUAAGGAAAGAAGAGCACAAGCCGUGAGCCCUGUGGAGGUGCAGCAAGUCUAAAUGAGGGAGUCCUCCUCCUUCUCAGGUUAUCUGCCUGAUUUGGAACACAGAACAGAGCACGGGGAACAGGGGGGAUUUUACCAGCCGUGCAGCGGAGUGGGCUGCAUGCCAACUGAGUAUCUUUCAAGAUCUUGGAGUCUUUGUAGGACUGGAAAUUUGAACCUUUUAUAGGUCUUAACUAGUGUACUAUCAUGUGAGGGAGUUUAUAUAUCAGCAUUUCUUUGCUCGGAGCAGUUUCUACAGGAUUUGACCUUUCCUUUCUGUAAGAUUCAGGGUUUUAUGGUUGCAAAGAGAUCUUCCACAUGUGGCAUGAGGAAGGAGAUGGCUUUUGGCAUCAUGCAGAGAAGCUGGGCUACAAAUCCUGAUAUUGAUGUAAAGCAAGAGUAACUUGAGUGGAAGGGGGAAGGCAGUGAUUUAUACCUGGUUCAGUACCACGUUCACCAGCUCUGAGCAGCAGCGAGCACAGCUGCAGGCAGAUCAGCUCGCUGGGGUGUCAGUCUAGAGACCUGCAAUGAGUAAAUGGGCUCCUUGUGAAAGUGUUUGGUGCUGGUCACUCUGGCAGUAAUCUCUCAUCUCUGUGGAAACGUGCACUAAAGUUAGGGUAAAACUACAGAAUGGUGCCCCCCAGUCUUUUCUUCAAGGCAUACUCCAAGUGCUGUUUGAUCAAGAGGAAUGAAAGCCAUUGUGCAAAUACUAUACUCUAUGCAAAAAAUAUUAACAAUCCACUAUGGAUACUUUUAAUGUCCAUUAAACUGUUAUGCAAAUUGUCCUUUUUCUGCAGCUUGCACUGUAAUUAUUUUUGGUCUGACUUCUAUUUAAAAAAAACCUCAAUUAUUUUUUAAUUUUUUUUAACUCUACUUCUAAGAAAGUUGAUGCUUUAAAGGAAAAAAACCCUUACUUUCAAACAUGGGCUUUUCAGGCUUCGAAAUUAAUAAUUUCUACACCUGACCCAGUUCCUGCAGCUGCCAAAAAUGAAAAGAGAAAGCUAUUUAAAUUUCUCAUAGAACCAUUUAUCUCUUAAAAUAUGCCAAGGCAAUUUGAGGUGGGGGUGGAGACUCAGCUAUUUAUCUCAGCAGCUUGAUUUUUGUCUUUAUGUUUCUAACUGUCAGGGGAAAAAAAACGGUAGGAAGCUAUUCUUGGGCUAUUAUUGAUGUAUUGUGUUGCCAUUAUGCAGGAUGUCUGCUUUGCUAUAUACGGAAGGACAUUAAUAAUAGCCAUCUUCCCUCCCCCCACCCUCAGUUCCUCUUUGGGAAGAUGUGGUUUAAACUGGAGCAUCUGCCAUGUUCAAAUUGCUGCUCCCGCCUCCCCUUCCCCCAAUUCAUUCCCAAACUAGUUUUGGGAACAGGGCUAAGGGAAUAAGGAGACAGGUUAUAUUUGCCAUUUUUCUGCCUACUUGUGUGGUUGCUCCAGGCAAGUCAUUUCCAUGCCAUGUACCUGUCUACCCUCUUCCUUCCCAUGUAUUGCCCCUCCUUUCAUUUUAAGUUCAUCAGUGCAAAAAAACCCUUUCUCGCUGUCUUUUUCUCACAGGGGCUGGCUGGCAGAAUGGGCUCAGCAACAGACCUCUGAUUUGUUAUUACCCAGCAUUUCAUAUCCAGCAACGUUGGUUUCUUCAUUAUUUCCCCUAAGUAGGAAAAUGUAUUCCUGUUCCCUUUCCUUCUACCCCAGGUUUAAAACAUUGUUAUGAAACUUUAAAGGGUCCAUCUGCUUGUUUAAAGACUCAGAUGCUUGUUUUAUUUUUGGAAGCAGAGUAUAUGGUGAACAGUAAUAGUCUGAUGAUUAAAAAAUAGCCCCACUUCAGCAUUCCCCUGAAGUGCGGGAAGUCCUGUCUCCACAGGUCUGUGCCAGCAGUAUGAUAGCCCAGAGAGCAAAGCCAACUUGAAUAGGAAAAAGAACUGGCCUGCCCCAUUUCAUCUGUAAGAAGAGAGGUGAAAAUAAGAAACGUGGCAAAAAAUAAAGUGCUUAAUUGCUCUGGUUAUUUUUUUUAAUGGCUGUUCCUACUUCUCAUGCUAAUUUUGUUCCAUAGAAGCUUUGCUUAUCCAGCAUUUCUGAUAGUCAGGACCAUAUGCUUUUCAUGGUGUCAUUAUUUCUACUCGUCGUUUGUUGUAUCCUAGUCUUGCUCUGGUCCCUAUAUGGUAUGGAGCCAUUUUGAUUCGGGCACUGAAUUAAAACAAAGUUAGGAGCUCUGUCUAGGAAAGCUCACCUGGAGUUUAGCACCAGAAAAUGCAAUCAGAGUAUUUUCCAGUUCUGAUACAGGGAGGUUUUCCAAAUAUGAAUUCUAGAUGGGAGGAAUGCCUUCAUUUGGGAAAGUGCUCAGAUUUCAAAAUGAAAGGGAUAUGGCCAUUCAGUGUAGUUUCUUGUUGUUUUUAUUGUCUUCCUUGGUGGUGGCCAAGGAGAAAAAUGCCACCUUCUGAAGUGUUCCCUAAACUAGAGCCAGAGCCCAGCACUUCCUCUGCAAACAUUUGCUCCAGCUUGCCACACUGCUGCAGCAUGAGAGCAAGGAACGCCUGCUAACGAAGCAAGGUCCACCUCAUCCUCUCCAUAGUCAGAGCUGCUCCCCAUGGUGAGUCUGUGUCCAUCUUAGGGCUUGAUCCUGCCUUCCUAGUGGAAGUAUUUUGCCAGAAACAGGUGUUUUCUCUCUGCCGUUAGCUAUGGGACUGUGUGCAAUGAUUAGGAUUUGAGGGAGGGAGGAGAAGAUCCUGUUCCAAUUAGGCUGCCUUUGUGCUAAUGUUUCAUUCAGGGCUAUAUGAGGUAAGAGCAGUUUGCACUGAAAUACACAGCUGGAGGUUGUGGUUUGCGUUUCAACUAUGUUGAGAUGGUACCCAUUGAAAAUACAGAACUGGGGCACUUUUUUACAUCUGCCAGUGCUUUACUGACAGCUCUGUAUGGGUUGGAAACCCAUUUCGGUUUGGCAAAUAGAUAUUUUCUGCCUUGUCCCCUGAGCCUGAUCUAGUUCUUUGCUUUAUCCACCUAAAAAAUAGUAUUUCUAAUGUGCCUAAUGCCUAAGUAGCUGAGCACCUGACAAGCAUCUAAGCAGAACAACCAGCAAGGUGAAGAGUAGGCUAUUAACUGAGCUGCCUUUACAAAAAGUGUAUUCCACUUUCUUCACUAUGUGCCUUUUUGGAGACCUGUGGUGCUCCUUUAUGGGCAGCAAAGUAAUAGCCCUAGUGCCGAGCAGGGAUGCGAACUAUGAGAAUGAUGUACAACAGAAGCAAGAGGUUAAUUUUGAGCAUAUGUUCUCCAUUGGGAUAAGCAAAGCAAUGCCUUUAUCCCAUCAGCACUGCUUGUCUUAGCACACCUCAUUGUCUGGUAGGCAACUGUUCAGUAGCAGAGGUACUUGGGUAUAUCUCUUCAAACGUCUCUGUUUUAUCAGAACUCCAGUCAUUCAUAUCUGGAGAUUUUAUUUGCUUAAUAUUGUCUCUUAUAAGAUCUCCAUUAUCCAUUUUUUAUAUAAUGUUAGAAGAGAAAAUUUGAAGGUGAACCAAAGGCUGGGUGUUUGAUUGGUGCUACUGUAUUAAAAAGGCUGAUGUGCUCUCACUUUUAAUCCCCAAAAUCAUGUUUUAGGAAACUUUUCCCUGCUGUGGUCAGAGAGGAAAUGCAAGGUUUUUUGGAAAUGCAGCAAAAGGAAAGGUUUGAUGUUUUGAUGCUCAGUACUGCACCACUGUGACCUCCUCUGCUGUCCCUCUGGAGAGUGAGGACUGAGUAUUGGUAGAGGUAUGGGCAGAGCAAAGUUAUGCUUGGACUUUCUCCUGAUCUUGCUAGAUAGGAUCUGCCUUGGUCAGACUUCAACAUCCUUAAGGGUCCUAUAAUUUCCCAUGCCAUGGCUUGUGUUUUGGACCUCCAGUGCCUUCUCUCCAGUUAGUCAAAUGAGAGACCAGGAGUACUAAUUCUGCAGUUUUGGUAACGGCACUUUCCAGCUCAGAACAAACAGCAGAGGUUUGUUGUGUUUCAGAGCCUAAUCUCUCACACUGGCGUUACCUGUGAGGUCUGAACCACACAUGGGUCAUUCCAGAAGGAUUCCUCUUGGCUAAAUGCCCCUUGGCGAACCCCCCGAGGGCCGGGAGAUUGGCUUAGGUCUUCCAAACUACAAGGAGGGAGUGCCCCCAGGAACGUAUUUGUCCUACGUAGCUGCUAUGCUUUGGCCUAUCCCUGCCAACUGUAGACCUGUCUGCUCUAGGGUUCACCGGUGAUGAUGUUUAUUGGAUGUGCAGUAAUUCACAGUGGAUGAGGAGGCCAGGUUUGAGGCGGUAUUUCAGCUUUAUGGUAGCUGUUGGUUUAGCCCUUGAGACAGAGAAGGUUUUGCAUUGUUGCCUUUGUUGCAGUUGGAAGGGGAGCGUGACUGACCACACUUGCUGUCCUGUGCCAGCAGAGGCGCUCGGUGGUAUGGGAAGCAUCUUCCUUUUAAAUGUGAAUCACUAGCCUAGGUAUCUGGGCAAGAAAGGGGCACAAGGAGGCUUUCCCUGUAUGAGGGAUGCCUUCUGCUGCACACUCCAUGCCCUCAGAUCCUAAUGAAGUAACGUUACUUGAGCUUUUAGGACUGGUCUCCUAUCUGUCAGAGCUUGGGGGUACCAGAGUUUUACCCCUUGCUGAGCACAAGCACUACCCAAGUCUGUGAGGGGCCCAAUCCUGCUGCCAUUGGAGUUUUCCCAAAUCCUGCGAGUUGCUGAGUGCACCUCCUGUGAGCUGCUGAGUAGCCUCCCUUCUCACUGAACCCAUCAGGCCACUUGUCUCCUUCAUUGACUACUUCCACAGGGCUUUGAGGGCACUCAGGAAAUGCAAUCAGCACCUUACAGGAUUGCCCCGCUAGGUAAUGUAUGAAGUUUUUUCUCUGGUAACUUGUGUGCAUGAACUGAAAACCAUUUAUUCCAGUUUGUUCUGAGGACAGAUGCAGCAUAUACACGUUUUCUAUAUUUAUAAAUACAUAUAGAUAUAUAUAUUUUAUUCUCAGCUAGUUACCUCUUCUAAACUGCAAUUUUCAGAGCAACCGGCAUAUAUUUUUUAUUCAACACGUAAAAUGACUUUUUACAGUAAGAGAAUGAAAGCUGUUUUAAGCAUGUGUUUCCUGUAUUUUUAUUAUGCAUUAUCCAAUCAUAUUGAGAUGUAUUUUCCUCUUUGCUCUGCUCUUUCAGUUGUUAUCCUUUUUAUCAGUUAUGCUUUUCUAAUGUUUUGUAAGGGAAAAUAAAUAUGCAAAAUCACCAGAUGCCUUUUUUCUUUGCAGAAGAAGUAUCACAAAUGCUUUUUUAUUACAUUUUACCAAUCCAAUAAACUCCUUAUAAAUUUC